CCCGGAACUCCGGGCUGAGAGCGGCGGCGCGGGCUGCAGUGUCCCAGCGGAGCGGAGCCGCGUCCACCGUCACCAUGGGGCAGAUCGAGUGGGCCAUGUGGGCCAACGAGCAGGCGCUGGCGUCCGGCCUGAUCCUCAUCAUGGGCGGGAUCGUGGCCACUGCCGGCCAGUUCACCCAGUGGUACUUUGGCGCCUACUCCAUCGGAGCAGGAGUGUUUGUCUGCCUGCUCGAGUACCCCCGGGGGAAGAGGAAAAAGGGCUCCACCAUGGAGAGAUGCGGACAGAAGUACAUGACGAAAGUGUUGAAGUGUUUCGGGCCCCUCUCCAGGAAUUACUACUUCCGGGCCUUCCUGCACCUUGGGCUGUCGGUACCAGCUGGCUUCCUGCUUGCCACCAUCCUGGGGACAGCCUGUUUGGCCAUAGCGAGUGGCAUCUAUCUCCUGGCAGCCAUCCGCGGUGAGCAGUGGGCUCCCAUCGAGUCCAAGCCCAAGGAGCGGCCGCAGGUGGGGGGCACCAUCAAGCAGCCACCCAGCAACCCCCCACCCCGGCCCCCCGUCGAGGCCCGCAAGAAGCCCAGCAAGGAGGAGGAGGAGGCAGCAGCUGCAGGGGUCCCCGGCGGCCCCCAGGAAAACCCUAUCCCAGUGACUGAUGAGGUCGUGUAACGGGCCUUGAGUGGCCGCUCUCUGGUGUCGCUUUCCGGUGAGGGGACCUACCCAGUCCCUGAGGGCUCCCCCUUGCCUGCCCUGCAGGACCACAGGCGUCCUCAGGUGUCCUUCCCAGAAGCCUCAGUGGUGCUUGAAAUCAGAGCAUCUUCUAGUCCAUGAAAUACAGUCU